AUGGUGUUUCAUGCUUUGUAUACAUAUGAAUUGCCUAUGUUGGAAUAUAAGGGGCUUGGGGAAGGAAAAACAUUCAAUGUCUCUCAAAAACACAUAGGGAGUAGAUGGAUCUUAGUGGAAGAGUGUAUCAACAGCUAUAAUUUUGAAUGUUGCGUGGGAAUAAUAUAUGGGCACAAUAAUAGAGCAGAAAGAUACGAAUUAUUUGAGGAGAUCAAACAUAGGGUGAUGACUAUCAACAAACCUCUACUUCUGAUGGGGAAUUUCAAUGUCAUAUUUCACACUCGGGAAAGAAUCGGUUCGUUCAGAUGCGACAGAAGCAUGACAGAAUUUUCGAAAUGGAUAAUUGACCUGGGAUUAAUUGAUAUACCACUACAUGGAGUGAAAUUUACCUGGAGGAGAAAUGCAUCGAAAAGUAGAAUUGACAAAGGUCUAUGCUGCAAUGAAUGGCUUAGGAAGUUCCCAAACUUAGCUUUACUUGGGCUAUCAAGAAGCUCCUCUGACCACAACCCUUUACUCCUCACAAUGGAAGAUAGGAAAAAUUGGGAGCAAGUUGAAAAUCCUGAAGGCCCCCCUCAGAACAUGAAGAAAGAAAAUUUCGAUCUCAUGGAUAACAAAAUAACUGAGCUCGAAUCAGUCGUGCACGGUCUCAAAAGAACAAGCGAUGUCAGGGAUCUCAAUGACAUGUAA